AUGGCAGCGGGGGCGGGCGAGACCACAGCGCUCGGCAGCCAGGGGGGAGGCCGGCGAGCGCGCUGCCGCCGCGACCAUGCGCCGUGCGGGGGGGGGGGGGGGGGGGCGCGCCGCCUUCCGCUCCCGCCGCGCCGCGGCAACCCGCUGGCCAGCGCCGCCGCCCGCGCCCGCCCCCUCAAUACCUGCCAGGCCGGCCUGGCCGCUGCUGGGCGGAGGCGGAAGAAAAAGAGGAAGAAGAAGAGGAAGGAGCGGUCGCCGCCGUCCCCGCCGCCGCCGCCGCGUAGCCCAGGAUGGGGCCCGGCGCGAUGCGGCCGCACGGCGGGGCCCGGCGCGGCCCUGUCCCGGGGGCCGUGGGAGCCGCCGGGGCAGGGCGUGAGGGGGAGCGCGGGCGAGGGGCCGUGGAGCCGUGCCGGCCCGGGCGGGGGGAGGCCGGGUCGGCGGGGGAGGUCGCCCGGGGCGCGGACAGGUCCCGAAAUCCGUGAAGGGGCACCGUCGGCUAAAGGGAGGCUCGCCCCCGAGCAAGUGCGCGGGGUGGCCGGGCCUCACGCCGGGGGGACGGGGAACGAGGGUGUGUUGGAAACCCUGAAAUUUUCAGUGAAACCUGACUUAAUCGGUAACUCGAAAAUCUUCCUCACCUUCUGUGGCAGACACGAAAAUGUUUCUCCGUGGUGUGCCAUAAAAAUGGCUGGGUCGGUUGUGUUGCUGCCCACCGGGCUGUCCGCCAUCACCCUGCCUGACGCAGGCUGCUACACUUUGAGCGGUGGGAUGGAGGUUGAAGACCUUCCAAAGCCUGAAGACCCAGAGCACGGCUGCCUUAUGCCCAGCUUGGCUUUCAGCUGCACGAAAGACGUGCUCAUGCUUCUCGUGUGCAAAGGUGAAAACCAGAUGUCAAAGUGAGCAUCUUGCUAGUUUUCUCAGUGUUGUUAGGUGAAGAAUGUGUUGGCUUCACAUCUUCUGAUAAAUUCAUUGUCCAUCUGGAAGGUGCUAAAGCAGUCCCCCCCGUGGUGAUUUACUUUGUGUUGUAGGAAAGAACUGAAGAAGCACAGGCGGAAAGGAACUAGAGAAGCACAGGAGGAAAACCUGUGAGCACAAAUCUUUGUACGAAGCUGCACUGACUUCUCUUCACAUCUUCCAAAAGAUCGGGUGGGAACAGAUGGCAACCCCUUCUGCUCUGCUUAUAGGCCCUUUUCCCUGUACUUAAGAGCCUGUAACUGUGUCCAAAAGUGUAAGGGAGAAUAUUGUGGAAAAUCCUGAGCUUCCAGCAGAAAAAGAAUUUAAAAUACGUGCAUAUGCAGGACUCCUCAAUCUGCAGAUCUCGCACAAGUGGCUUGGGCCUUUGCUUCCAAAGUAGUUUUCAGCAAUCCUGGGUUCUUCAGUUUUCAUUCCUUUCUUGUGUAAGUAUGUGCAUAUUUUAGUGGAAGGGGAAAUAUUCUAGCUAAAGAAUAUUGGCAGCAUUUCGCUCGUUGAAAAUGUAUGUAAAAAGAUAAAACACAUGGAAGCACUUUACAAGACACUUGGUAUUUUGGUGUUUGGGGUUUUUUUUAAUUUAAUAAAACAAGCAAUUGUUUUAUAGCCAAAGCCAUUUCAAGGAAAUUUACAUACCUCUGUUGGUGGUCGCAGUGUAAAUAAAUAGCUAAAAAUAUAGUAUACCUUGGAUGGGUACAUGCUGGUACUGUCCUCCCCUCUCUGACCGCUUAGGUUCCUUGAUUUUUUUUCUCCUUUCUGUUAUCUUUUGCUGUUUGUUCCUUAUUGUAUAGAUCUUGCCAUUCAAAGAGGGUUCUGGGUGUUAGGGGUGAUACAUUUUUCUUCAUACUGUUCUUCAACCAGCUGGCUGGUAGCUAUUCGUGAGGGCCCUUUAACCUUCAGGCUCCAUUGUUAGGAUUUUGUUUGCUUUUUUUAAUAGGGGUAGGCAGGAAA